UCGGAUGCGUGGCACAACCUCCUCGAAAUCCUUAUUGAAUGCGAUUAUGACGUUCGGCAAUUUUUACUAACUCCACUUCAAUUCGGAGUCCCGAAUGGCCGAUUGCGAUACUACCUCGUUGCUCGUCUUCGAACUAGAGUUGAACAGCCCAUGUUUAAUUUCGGACACAGCGUAGAGCACCCACUGUCGCGCUCUACCCUCAUAACCAUGCCUUCCCACGAACUGCCACCAAUACCCAAUUGUGAAUGUGUUGUUUGCACAAAAAAGGUCAGUGACAUAGUAUCACCUGAAAAUCACUUCACUGAAUACAUACCCCUCUGUUCUCCAAUAUCGAAUUACUUACUUCCUGAUUGCGACGUCCCGGAGAGCUUGUUUCUGGGGCGUAGCGAAUUAACAAAAUAUCACCGAAUCCUAGAUAUUGUAACCCCAAACAGCAAAAGGAGCGCCUGCUUCACUAAGGGUUAUGCACAUCGAUUUGAAGGAACAGGCUCCUUUCUACAGGUGCCCCAGCCGUCCAAUGUGUUGAAGUCCUGCCCCGCCGACACAACGUGUUUACCCAGGAUAAGGGCAUUUCAUUCGAAGGAGAUAGCCAGAUUACUUUGUUUUCCGGAGUAUUUUGGUAUGAGUAUUUCUUUGUUGUCGGUGUUGCAUUGGCUACCGGUAAUGUGUGAGUUUGACGUUACAGAGUUCCCGGAGUCAGUAAAUGAAAAGCAAAGGAGACGCCUUCUUGGCAACAGCAUCAAUGUCCUCGUGGUCGCCCACAUCUUGUAUUGGGCGUUCUCGUCAUGA